GUCCCUCGUUCAGGUAACAGAGCCGCGCGCUCACUCACCCGCGUCCUCACUUGCACAAGAAGCAGAAGAUGGAUAACUAAAGGCUUAAUGUACGAAGAUUCAAACAGGGUGAUACGCAGCGACCUGUGCCAUUAACCUUGGAUAAAUUGGGUCACUAAAAUGCCCAAAAGUGAUACUUGGCCAGGUGGCACUGGAAUGGAGACGAUGACUGGCAUGGACAGCGCUGGCAGCUGUGACAGCGUCGUCAGCGCCAAUUCUGUCUUUAGUGAUGAUAGUCUGGAGCACCUGUCUGCUGAAGAGAAGGCCUGCCUCAUGUUUUUGGAGGAGACUAUUGAUUCUUUGGACACUGAGGAAGAUAGUGGACUGUCCAAUGAUGAACCUGACCAACUGUCCAGCCCUGGCAACCUCGCCACCAAACUGGCAACCCUGUCAGCCUCCAUGAGCAAAAGCAAGCUCAACAGUUCACAGAAACACGCAUCUAAGGAACUCAUAAAGGAAAAUGUUGACAGCAAACCCUUGCAGAGCUACCUGGUUCCUACACCUUUUGUUAUGGCAAGUAGGUCUCCAUGUUCCAUACCCAGUGCAAAGCCGGGUGUCCCUCCAGACAAAAGCCUCAGCUCUAAGCCUCACUUCACUCCUUCAAGCAACAAAGCUGAUCACAAACACAACCAGAAACCUGUUGCUCCCAAAGUACCUUUAGAGGUUAAUGUUGUGAUACCUCCUCCCACCAAACCCAGGGACCGGGUGGAAGAUUUACCUAGAGGUCCUCUGUCUUAUGAUGCACUUGUUUAUCUGCGCAGGAGUGCCUCCACAAAGAAGACGCCUCUAUGUCCCACAAUUGAUCAUACAAUAGACUUGGACAAGCACCUUCCUGUCACAGUGGACGGCCCAAACUUAAAAAUUCUGCCAAGAUCUGCCAGAUUCCACUCAGAGGCUUUUAAGUCUAAGACAGGUCCUCCGGUUGUGGCCCCCAAACCCCAAAAGAUUCCUGCUAAGACAACACAAAAUGAAGCAUCCAUAAACUCAGACCCUUCAUACAAUAUCAAGAAUGCAAAAGACCCCAAUGUUGUGAGACUGGAAGCUUUGCAGAAGCUGGGCCUGAUGAACGACCAACAGUCCGAAAAUGAGCCAGUAGCACCACCGCUUCCCCCGAAAUCUCAGCCCUUUCCGGACCCAACACCCAACAGGUUCACAGGAGGUCCAUCUAAUGUUCAUCCAUCAAGACGCCCAUCGUUUUCCUAUUCUCAAGUGCCCACCGAGCCCAAGAACAAGCCUCUGCAGAGCAGUGCCAGUUUCCAUCACUGCUCCCGACCGGACAAACAGCCUGUGUCUGUCACACAUCCCGCACAGUCCAAUGGAUUAAAGGCAGCUAGUCUGGAGCGCUCUGCUACCCUGGACAACUACAGAAACAGUGAAAACUGUCAGCCCGAAGCCCGCAAACCUUCAAACGUAGUCGGAUACACAGUGAUGGUGGUGCCUGGGAUGGGAGCUGAUCGAAAAGAAGCACUCAGAAAGCUCGGACUGCUCAAAGAUUAA